AUGAACACAGACUCUCACUGCUCAUAUAUCGCCGAGUUAAUUAAUUUCAUGAUUGAUAAAUCUGGGGAAAAUCAACGUGUAAGUGUAUCCACGUUGAUGAACCAAUUUGAGAAGAAACGUGGCUCUUUUAAUGAAAGUCGGGAGCUUGUGGAACACAGAAUUUCGGAAGCUGUGAAAUCUUUGCUCAAACGCUGUCCGGACAUAAUAAGAAGAGCUAUUUGGAUGACUGGUUACAACACUGAAACGGGGAAGUUUGAGUACAGCUCUUCUGCUCGAGCUCUCGGAGAAGGAACGUCCAGGUCACAAGAGAUCCCAAGUCGUCCGGGCCAAGCACCUCCUACCCAAUCAAAAAGCAAACUAGAAGCAAUAAACACUUCAAAUCCUGUCAAAAGCCAACAAAAUGGAUCCUGCUCGAACGGAGUCGGACCAUCAACCUCAGCCGCAGUUCCAGAAGUCCCACAAUCUUCUGGAGCGCCGAAACUUGGAUCAAGAUUGCCCAGACGACCAGUCAGGGAAGACACUGACGCUAGGACCACAGCUACCGUAAAUAGGACACCGAACGUCAUGAUCUCACCGAUAAGAACAGGGACAGCUCCGGUUCCAGCAUCAAUGAGCAGUCCAAGUCCUUCCGAUAACCGACAAAAUGGAAAUUCUCUGAAUGGUCUACCAGAUGUUUCAGUCGCUUCACAGUCUUCUGAAUCACCGAUAAUCAGAUCAGGAUUGCCCGUCGAAGCAGUCAGUACCGCUAAGAAACCUGCUGGAAGUUCGACCCGGCUUCGAGGACGGAACAGCGAGUUCCAGCUACUUCGCGCUUGGCGCCCAUCUGGAUAUCAACUACCUCCAGCUGCCGUAUAUGGGACACCAAAUCUAGCAAGAAUAAAUCGGACACUUCCAGUCAGUUGCCAACCAAACGGGAGUUCGCAGAAUGGAGAAGGUGCAUCAGGUACUUCGUCAAAAUCUUCAGAGCCAACUACCAGCUCAUCAAGCCAUGCUUCAACUUCAAAGUCGAAUGGAGUCAAUGAAGCUCCUAGAAGCGUCGAACCAGUAGUAUAUAAUUUUGGUAAUUACCAACAGCAAUGGGACGGAAUAGAAAAGCAAAAACCUUCUGUAUCUCGUCAAGAAGCAAUGAAAUCAUCUCCGAUUCUCUCGAAUGAAGAAUCUAGAACUGUCUCAGAGGACUCUCCACUUGUAGUAGAUUCUGGUGAUAUUGCUGCGGCUCAGAAUUCAGCAAGCUCAUUCAACCCCGAGCCAGAACCGGAGCAAGAUCUACCAAGGUUGUUGCUAUUACAAACUGACAAUAUCGAAACUAACUCUGCUGAUAGUUCUGACUCACCUAUGGACCAGGCUGAUGAUGCUAGAGGAUCAGAAAUUCGGAAUAUCCCAAUCUCGUCCAGGAAACGACAAAAUGCAGAUUCCUCGCCUGCAUUCAUUGUCCCAAACCUGCCUCCCAAGAAAUCGAACCCAUUGAAACGACCAGCUGAUGAGGAGAGUGGAGACCGAAACUCAUCAUUGCCUUCGAGAGGUGCUGGGAAGCGAAAGGUGAUCAAACCACGCGAAUUCACACCUUACGAAGACAGAAAAGGAAAAUACGAGACAGGAGAGAGAAGUAUGGAGGGUAUGCUUGAUAAGUUGAGAGAGCCGAGUGUUUUGAUUUCCCGUGCAUCAUCACCGGAUUCACAAGCACCUGUGCAACCGGUCUCUGGACCACCACCGGCAAAAAGGGGUAGAGGAAGACCACCGGGAAAAAAACAAAGGCAAGUACCCCCAAUCGUUACUGCUCCAAUACCUCCUGCACCACAAGAGGAACAAAGAGAACCAUCCGAAGAUAGCUGCAUGCCAUCUUCCAGAUCCGUGACUCUAUCAACUGCUGAAGAUCUAUUUCCUCACAACUUCACAAUGUCUCGUGUCGUCGUUGCAGCUACGGAUGGAGCACUUGGAAAAACUCCCGCAGAUAAGAGGCGCGGAAGACAACCAAAAAGUGCUCAAGUUGACGUUUCACCGCGGUAUCCAGUUUUGGCGGACGAUCCACGAAACCGUUCUUCCACCUUGACAACGGAGUCAAUUGCAUCUCAUCAAGUUGCAAACCCGAUUCUCCCGAAUGAAGAAUCUGGACCCUCUCCACUUUUAAUAGAUUCUGAUGAUAUUUAUCCGUCUCUGAAUCCAGCGCACUCCUCCAACCCAGAGCCAGUACCGGAACCAGACCUACCAAGUAACUCAACUGGAAUUUCUGACUCAUCUGACAAACAGGAGCAACCAGCAGGUGAUGAGCAGGAAUCAGAAACUCAGAGUAUCCCAGGACCAUCCAGCCCACCAACAUUCGCUGUCCCAACAGUACCUCCCAACAAGUCGAAUCCAUUGAAACAACCAGCUGAAAAAGACAGCAAAGACACAAACUCUACAAAACUUACAGAGCCAAGUGCUUUGACAUCACAUGGAUUGGAACCGGUCCUUGGACCACCACCAGGAAAAAAGGGUACCGUAAGACCUCCACCGAUAAUCAUAGCCCAUCCAACCUCUCCAGAGCCACAAGAGGAACAUAGCGAAUCAUCCGAAGAUAUCAGCAUGCCACUUUCCAGUUCUGUGGCUCCAGCAACCGCUAGGAAUCGAGCACUUGAAAAAGCUCGAGCUGCGAAAGUAGCUAAAAAAGAAAAAAUAGGAAAUAAGAAGCUCGGAAGAAAACCGAAAGUCGAUCCAGCUCCUCCAGCAGAAGCAGCACCGGAGAAUCCAACUUUGGUGAAAGAUUUACUAAACCGUCCUUCCACAUCGACAGCAGAGUCCAUUGUAUCUCAUCAAGGAGCAAACCCGAUUCUCCCGAUUGAAGAAUCUAGACCCUGUCCACUUUUAAUAGAUUCUGAUGAUAUUGCUCCGACUUUGAAUCCAGGACACUCCUCCAACCAAGAGCCAGUACCGGAACCAGAGCUACCAAGAACGUCGUCACCAAGUGUCGAAACAAGCCCUGCUGGAAGUUCUGACUCAAUUCUAGAACAGGAGGAAUCUGCAAUUGAAGUUCCGGGAUCAGCAGCUCAAAACAUCCCGAGCUCAUCAAGAAAACGGAAAAAUGAAUACCCCUCUCCAACAGUAGCUUUACCAAAACUGCCAAAGCCGAGUACUUCGACAUCUCAUGGAUUGUCACCGAAUUCACAACUUCCUGCAGCUACGGAUGGAGCACUUGGAAAAACUCCCGCAGAUAAGAGACGCGGAAGACAAUCAACAAUUGCUCAAGUUGACGUUUCACCGCGAAAUUCAGUUUUGGCGGACGAUACACUGAACCGCCCUUCCACCUCGACAGCAGAAUCAAUUGUAUCUCUUCAAGAAGCAAAAAAACCAUCUCCGAUUCUCCCAAAUGAAAAAUCUAGACCCUCUCCACUUUUAAUAGAUUCUGAUGAUAUUGCUCCGACUUUGAAUCCAGGACACUCCUCCAACCAAGAGCCAGUACCGGAACCAGAGCUACCAAGAACGUCGUCACCAAGUGUCGAAACAAGCCCUGCUGGAAGUUCUGACUCAAUUCUAGAACAGGAGGAAUCUGCAAUUGAAGUUCCGGGAUCAGCAGCUCAAAACAUCCCGAGCUCAUCAAGAAAACGGAAAAAUGAAUACCCCUCUCCAACAGUAGCUUUACCAAAACUGCCAAAGCCGAGUACUUCGACAUCUCAUGGAUUGUCACCGAAUUCACAACUUCCUGCAGCUACGGAUGGAGCACUUGGAAAAACUCCCGCAGAUAAGAGACGCGGAAGACAAUCAACAAUUGCUCAAGUUGACGUUUCACCGCGAAAUUCAGUUUUGGCGGACGAUACACUGAACCGCCCUUCCACCUCGACAGCAGAAUCAAUUGUAUCUCUUCAAGAAGCAAAAAAACCAUCUCCGAUUCUCCCAAAUGAAAAAUCUAGACCCUCUCCACUUUUAAUAGAUUCUGAUGAUAUUGCUCCGACUUUGAAUCCAGGACACUCCUCCAACCAAGAGCCAGUACCGGAACCAGAGCUACCAAGAACGUCGUCACCAAGUGUCGAAACAAGCCCUGCUGGAAGUUCUGACUCAAUUCUAGAACAGGAGGAAUCAGCUGUUGAAGUUCCGGGAUCAGAAGCUCAGAAAAUCCCAAGCUCGUCCAGAAAACGACAAAAUGCAGAUUCCUCGCCAGCAUUCGUCGUCCCGAAUCUGCUUCCCAAAAAAUCGAACCCAUUGAAACGACCAGCCGAGGGCUCAUCAAGAAAGCGGAAAAAUGAAAAAGACCCCUCUCCAAUAUUAGCUGUACUAAAACUGCCAGAGCCGAGUACUUCGACAUCUCGUGUAUUGUCAUCGGAUUCACAAUUUCCUGUGGGACCGGCCGCUCCAAUGUGUCCUGCGCCACAAGAAGAACCUAGAGAACCAUCCGAAGAUAGCUGCAUGCCAUAUUCCGUGACUCUGGCAACUGCUGACAAUCUUUUUCCUCAGAACCUCACAAUGUAUGGGAACUUAUCCCGUGUCGUCGUUGCAGCUACGGAUGGAGCACUUGGAAAAACUCCCGCAGAUAAGAGGCGCGGAAGACAACCAAAAAUUGCUCAAGUUGACGAUCCACUAGACCGCCCAUCCACGUCGUCGAGUCAUGCAGAACCAAUUGUUCGAAUAGACAGUCAUCGUGAAGAGCGAGAUUUGGCAUUGUCAGAUAUUUACAAAAUUUUUGGAGAAGAAGAACAGGAGUCCGACAACAAUGAGACACCAAAAAUUGAAACUUCCAAAGCACCCAAAGCAGCCAAAACAUCCAGAAGAACUUCAGCGCCCAAAGAUGUUUCUGUAGAUUUGGUGACAUUCCUUCAGAAAAUGACACAAAUUGUCAUCCAGCCGAUCCCAGUUGAAGUGUUAGCAGGACUCUACUGGGUACAGACACCAAAUGUUGAAGUAGAGGGGAUUCAGAGAGAUAUCGAAAAAAUCUUGAACUCUAUGUUCAACUUGGACAUAGAUGCCAGCACCAAGGCGCUGAUCCUCUACAUGACCCAAGCCCCUGUUCCCAAAAGACUCUUCGCUCAAAUUUGCAAAGAAGAAGCGAUAACUCUCCAAUUUGAUCACGAGAGGAAAAUCUUCCAAUGCCAAACAAAAUCGAUUGCCCUCACGCGUAAUGUAAAUGUUGAAUUAGAGGAGUGGGAUCCGACAGAGAUGGAAGAGAUGAUGACGUUCAUGCUCACAGAAGCACAAGCAAAUGGGCAACUCACGUUGAAUGAUAUUUGUAAAAUGUAUCAACAGUCGGUAAUGAAUGAGCGGAAAAAGAGAGCGGCUGAGGAUGUGAGAAUCAAAGUAAUCUCCUGCGUCACAUGCGCCACCCCCACCACGUACAACUUCAUCAACAUCGCUGCAUCGUUGAUAAUCAAUUUCAAAAUCCCACUGAUGGAUGAAGUGAAAGAAGUCAUAUUGAGUGGAGGUGAAUUCCAAUUGGAUGAUAAAGGGUACCUGCGUUUCUAUAAAAUGGGCCAGUUUGUGGCAGGCCAGGUGAAUGAUAUGAUGACAAACCCUGUUAUCAGAAUGAAUUUGGAGAACUUGAAAGGGUUGAUGAAAGCGUUCCACGAUGGAAUGGUGGAAGCAAAUCUGGAAUUUUUGAAAGAUUUGAUGGAAGAAGUCAACGUGAGAAUGGAGAAGUUGGUUGGUGCGGAGACCAUAAAAAUAAUGGAAGUGAGACAAUCCCUGUUCGAUGCAGUGAGAAUGGUCAGACGGGAGGCAACGGAAGAAUCAACUGAUGACAACUCAAUUUGUGUUGCAAAAGUUCUUCGGAUCCUUCUGGCUACCGCCAACGUACUGACGGGAUCUUUGGCUAAGGAGGUUCAGGUGAUGGUGCAGAAGGUGGUGAAGGACUAUGAGGUACAUCCUGAGAAAAUUCCGCAAGAAAAGGUGCUAGUGGCUCUUCGGGCAGUUAUGAAUCUCCGAAAUGAAUAA